UCCCACUUUGCUUUGUUCUCUCUUUAUCUCUCAGAGAGAGAUACAAACAGAGAAGAAGGCUCUCAAAGAGACAUGAGAACCCGGGGAGGGCUCUAUUAUCCUCGAGUCGUAACAACCAUUUGUUCCAAUGAAGCCGCCGCCGUCGGAAGGCUGUGUUCAGAUUUGAAAGUCGUUGCUAAGAGAGCGAAAGACAUGGACAUUGAUUCUAUUCUGAGCCGGAAAAGGCGAAAGAAAUCACCGGAAAAUACUUCCGGCGACCACUCUUUUUUUGAUUCCUUGCACGAUGACCUUAUCCUCGUUAUUCUCUCCAAACUUAGUUCCUCCGCCGAUUGCCCUUCCGACUUCAUCAAUGUCCUGAUCACGUGUAAGAGACUGAACGGACUAGGUAUCAGUUCUUCUGUAUUGUCCAAAGCUUCGCCAAAAGCCUUGGCCGUGACAGCCAAGAACUGGUGCGAAUCUGCUCAUCAUUUUCUGAAACUGUGCGUCGACGCCGGAAACGUCGAGGCCUGCUAUACUCUCGGAAUGAUUCGUUUCUACUGUUUGCAAAACCGAGGGAGCGGAGCCUCGCUGCUAGCCAAGGCGGCGAUUAACUCUCACGCGCCGGCGCUGUACUCCCUCGCCGUAAUACAGUUCAACGGCAGUGGCGGCACCAAAAAUGACAAGGACCUCAGAGCCGGCGUGGCUCUCUGCGCUCGAGCCGCCUUCCUCGGCCACAUCGACGCCCUGCGGGAGCUCGGCCACUGCUUACAAGACGGCUACGGCGUCCGGCAAAACAUCAUAGAGGGGCGGCGCUUCCUGGUCCAAGCCAACGCCCGGGAGCUGGCCGCCGUGCUCUCCUCGUCGGCUCCCCCUGGUAACCCCACGCGCUCUUGGCUUACGUGGAACCUCCACCAACACCAAGUCCCUCUUCAACACUCUCAUUCUCAGCUCCGGCAUCUAACCAGGUCGGGUUGCCCGCUUCUUAGUGAUUUUGGGUGCAACGUCCCAGCACCAGAGGCCCACCCAGCAAAUCGGUUCUUAACAGAAUGGUUUGCAACACGGGGCGGGUUUCCCGGUCCUGGUCUUCGUCUUUGUUCGCAUGUGGGGUGUGGCCGGCCCGAGACGCGGCGGCAUGAAUUUCGGAGGUGUUCGGUGUGUGGGACGGUGAACUAUUGCUCACGCGCGUGUCAGGCGCUUGAUUGGAAGUUCCGGCACAAGGUAGAGUGCACACCGGUAGAGAGAUGGGUGGAUGACGAGGGCGACGAGGCCGUUGAAGAGGCGGGGGGAGUUAACGGCGACGUUGAGAUGGCCGAAGAUAGCUAGAUUAUUUUUCUUAAACGGUAACGGCCACGUUAGAUGAAGCUAUUUUUGGUGAGAAAAAUUGUUAAAAAAAAAAAAAACAAGAGCCUGUGUGGCGGAGGUGACAGAACACCGACGCAUUGUGGUCAGAGUAGUUCGCCGGUGACGCGUGGACUAAUUCUCCACUCUGCUUCCCCAAUUCAUGUUGGUCAAUUUUUGAAAUUGUAAACAAAAAAAAAAAAAUCAAAAAUUAAAAAUUUCAUUAUCA